UGCGGUAGUUUCCGGGUGCUGAGCAGCGGGAGCAGUGAGGAGAGAAGCCGUUAGCUGAAUCCAAAUCAGGGAAUCCCAAACAGCGUUUCUUAGUUAGUUCAUCAGAGAUGGAGCGACCCCGGAGACAGCUGGAGGAGACCAAGCUGGGGGGGGAAGCUUUACCUCCAGAUGUUCUUGAAGUAAUUGUUGGUGAAGAGGAGAAGCAAGAGUGUAACCCCACUGUGGACCAGCAGGAGCCAAAGGCCCCCCCACACAUUAAAGAGGAACAGGAGGAACUGUGGAGCAGUCAAGAAGGAGAGCAGCUUCAAGGACUGGAGGAGGCUGAUAAUAGACACACAAUAACUCACACAGGAGAGAAGCCUUUUAGAUGCUUUGUUUGUAAGAAAUCUUUAACACACAGUGGAAAUUUACAGAGACACAUGAGAACCCACACAGGAGAAAAGCCUUUUAGCUGCUCGGAGUGUGGUAAAGCUUUCGCUGAUAGUGGAAACCUGAAGAAACACCUGAUAACUCACACAGGAGAAAGGCCUUUCAGCUGCUCAGUUUGUAAGAAGUCUUUUACACAGAGUGGCAGUUUACGGUCACACAUGGUAGUCCACACAGGAGAGAAAUCUUUUAGCUGCUCGGUUUGUAAAAAAUCUUUCACACGGAGAGGAGGUUUACGGAAACACAUGCCAGUCCACACAGGAGAGAAAAGCUGCUGUGGAGCUUAUGGAAAGGACUGUGGAGGACCAGAACCAGCUAGGAACUCACAUCCACUUUUACAACCAGAGACUGAAGACCAGACUGGAGACUCUUCUGAUCCUGAGACUGAUGACAGUGCUGAUUGGAAGGAGACCAGAGAACCUCAGUCAGCUUUAAAGUCUCGGAUACAUGAUUCUACAUGUAGGAAAAAAUUCAGCUGCUCUGAGUGUGGGAGGAGAUUUGGCCUCAAGUCGAAUUUGACAAAACACAUGAGAAUCCACACUGGACAGCUGUUGGUGGUUAAAGAAGAAGUUUCCUCUCAGCAGCAGGAGUGUAGCUCCAGUGUGGACCAGUAG